AUGGUGUGUCGGCGGGAGAUGCAGCGACCACUGAAUGGAGGUCGGAUCUCCUUGGGUGGAUCUGACAGGCGAUGGCGUAAUGAAGAACAGAUCAAUCCCAGACAAUGGCUAGUAGCAACUCAUUCUUCAGUAUUCCAAGAAUGUGAUGAAGCUGCUGCUGAUUAUACUCUGCCAAGAACAAUUCCUGGAACGUCGUCGUUCUCCAUCCAUUCGAAGUCAAUAGUGGACUUUGUCUUACGAUUCAGAAUGUUGUGUUCCACUUUGAUAGAGUAA